ACCGAGAGCGAGAGAGCUGCCGCCUCCGUCCGUUUCUCGUACAUCCGUACCCCGUUUGUCCUCUCCGCCCCUCCGCCGCGCCGCCGCUGGCCUCCACCCCCUCCUCGCGUUCCCCCGUCGCCAAUCAUUUUUUUUCCUCGCCUCCUCCGCCGUCGCGCGCGCGACCGCCAGAGACUUUCCGCGGAAAAGCCGCGAAAACUACGUCACGAGUGACGGAUUCGGUCGAAACUGGGACAAAGUGCAGUGCACUCUGGCAUUGCGCUUUACCACCAGGUGUUUCUAUGCCGUAAUCUUCCCAGGAUUGGGUAACACUCGUACCGUUGCACCUUGCUCUCUCUCGGCGGAGCACCCCUUCUCGAUCGGAGUCGCGUAUUCGCGUUUUCACGCGCUCGAGCUCCGCGCGCUCCUCUCUCUCUCUCUCUCUCUCUUUCUCUCUCUCGCGUCGCGAGAGCCUCUUGCGAAUCCGCACGGGUGACAGCACGCCUGACGGAGGAGAGUUAUACGGGUGUAUCGCGGGUUAUACACGUUCGCCACGCCGGAGAGAGAGCUGACAGGUAAAGGUUAGAUGACGGACUCAAGAUAGUCCUUCCGCCUGGUAACAUGUCAGAUGGGGUUGACGGUGGUGGUGGGGAAAACGAGGUAGACUCCCAUUCCUCGUCGCAAGCCGAGGCCGGAGACUCUUCUAAUCACCGGGAGGAAGAGGCGUUAGAUCCUGACAACGAGGCGGCUCUCAAUACGAAUUAUGACAGUAGCGACGGAGCCGUUCCUGCGUUUAGAUGUGAUAGAUGCGACAAUUAUGAAACUAUAAACAAGACAGCCUUCACCGCUCAUCAAGACCAAUGUCUGGCGAGCGGCGAAGCCGGGGAGAGCGCUGAAGGCAUAGAAGGGACAGAGAAUGACGGGGAUGCGGAGGAGGGCCAUUCGGGGAUCAGGUCUCACAGAAAGAUGUUUGAAUGUGAUGUCUGUAAUAUGAAAUUUUCAAAUGGAGCUAACAUGAGACGACACAAAAUGAGGCACACAGGAGUGAAACCGUACGAGUGUCGGGUAUGUCAGAAGAGAUUCUUUCGGAAGGACCAUCUUGCGGAACACUUUACGACGCAUUCAAAAACUUUGCCAUAUCAUUGCCCGAUUUGUAACCGAGGUUUCCAAAGACAGAUCGCGAUGCGCGCUCACUUUCAGAACGAACACGUCGGUCAGCAUGAUAUGGUCAAGUCGUGUCCUCUCUGCAAUUACCGUGCGGCUACCAUGAAAUGCCUUAGGUUGCACUUCUUUAAUAGACAUGGAAUAGAUUUAGAUAAUCCAGGACCAAAUAGCUCUACGUCCAUAAUGAAUAGUUGCACGUCCGGGGAGGCGAUGCCUUCGGCACCUCUGUCCGACAGCGGGGACAGCACUGGCAACCGUUCGACCGACAACGCUACGCCCCCCAUGCAUUUUCUCACGCCCCACGUGGAGAUAUCCAUUCCUUACCCCGAACAAGCUGCCAGCCAACGAAAUCCAAGUCCUGCCCCGUUGAACGGUGACAGCCCCAAUAGUCCGCAGAGCGCAGACAGCAAUAGCAACGCGCCGAGCAGUAGUCAUCACCAAUUAUCUAUCAAUAGCAGUAGCAUUCAUAGGAACGUAGGCGGAGGCGACGAAGCCAUUACACCUUCGAUCUCCCUGAUACCCAUCAAGCAGGAGCCGAACAGCAACGGUAUGGACGACAGCGGGGCAACAUCGAGCAAUCUACCAUUACCAUCGCUGAUCAAGGUGUCGCCGUUGAAGUCGUUACUGCGCGACGAUCUACGCCGCAAGCUCUCCACCAGCUCCACCAAUAACAACAAUAACAGCAGUAACAACAGCGGCUGCGGCGUCAAUUCCAAUCCGCACUCGAGGGGCGAGCCGCCCACCUCGACCAGGCCGGAUCCUCGCACGAGCGGCCUCCAGUGCACCCACUGUCGCAUCACGUUUCCGGAUCAGACGUUGUACUUCCUCCACAAAGGUUGUCACAGCGAGAGUAACCCGUGGAAGUGCAAUAUUUGCGGGGAGCAGUGCUGCAAUCUGUACCAGUUCAACUCGCAUUUACUGAGUAAGAGUCAUCAGUAGCUGGGAGGAGAAGAGGCAGAGAAGAAAUAUCCGCAAUUUGAAAUUCGUCUUUCCUCCUUUCCGUUUCGUCUACUUCUUUUUUUCUUUUCCUUCUUCGUCGAACGAAACAAAAACGGCAGGAGAUUCCGUACGUAUCGUCGAUUACGUACGUUCAGUGUUCAUUAGCAUGAGGGUAUAAGUAUUUUCUGCGACGUGUCCAGACAUACUUCUCGUUAAAAAGUACUUUCGAAAUACCGCAAGAACGCGCUCGCCGGAGCAUGACGACGAGUCAACUGUAAAUUGAAUUGUAAAUUAUUCUUAAAGAAUUCGAGAGAGAGAGGGGGAGAGUAUGUCUGCUCUCUCAGAAAAUAAUGUAC